CACAUUCUUAUAAACGCCAGUUGCAGGCGAGCCAGGGAAAACACCAUAGUCCUCACUGGCUGCACAGAAAACGGCCCCAGAAUAAACAGUCCUUAAAUUGGAAAACUCGUGAUCAUGGUCUCUGUUACUCACCACAGCCGGCAAUUCAGAACUCUCGGGGUCCGGCUGUGGCGAUGGGCGUCGGUAGCGUGAACGUCGCUUCCUUCUUGGGGAUAGCACCGACCGGCCGGGUAAUUCCACAUCCGGCGGGCCGGGCGGCAGAUUCCCCGGCGGGCAGAGCAAAACAUUCGCCGCCGGGCUGGGUCGGGAAGCGGUAGCGGUUGAAGGGUGAAGGUGAAGCUCGUUCAGAAUGAAGUCCUGUGCGAGCGGAUGAAGAGAGUCCAGUAGCCAGGGGUGAGCAGAGAGUAACUGCUGUAGCCUGGCUUCUACAGCGCGGUGAAAUUCCUCUCCCUCACGUUCGAGCCAGAGAUUAAUCAACCUCGAAACAGAGUCAAUUACUUCCUCCCGAAACUCCUAAGAGGGUGCGGAUGCUGCUGGGUCCAUGUUUGGUCGGCUCGUACUGUCACGGCUGGGGCAGCAGUCGUGUUGAGGAAAGGAGGACCCAAAAUGCAAGCAGCCGACUGAUGAUAUGAGUGAGGGUUUAUUUACAGGUGGCAGUGGCAGAACAGGCAGUGAGGAAUGACAAAUGACUAAAGAAACCUAAACUGGGAAAACUAAAGAGCAAACCUGAAGUCACAUGAAACGGAGAAUGCAGAGAGAUGCAGAGAGACGCAGACAAAUGCAGACGAGCCGACAACAGGCACAGACUGACACCCACUAUAUAUACACACACAAACAAGGAGACCAGGUAAUGACAUACAGGUGGGAGCACAGCUGAUUCUAAUACACAAGACGACCUGAGGAGACAAGCUGAACACGAUGACAACAGACACCGACCUUCAGAAUAAGACAGGAAACCUAGAGCACGAACCUUCAAAGUAAAACAGGGAACCCACAGGCUGAUUUACAACACACACAGGGACAUGAACAGAGCACCGAGGACAGGCACAGCAUGUCUUUGGUCCUGUCUUCCUCCCCUCCCCUCCCUGCCUUUCUUCUACUUCAUCCAUCUCCUGCUGAUCCCACUCUUCCCAGAGCCUACAAGCACAACAGUGCAAGGCCACACAGGGUGUUUGCUGCUGUCCCUCUUCCUGCUUCACAUCACCUAUCAGAUUACGUCCACAUCCACAGCUUCGUGGCCUGGAACUUUAACUACACGGGUGAGCGUGAGGAUUUGUUAGGACAUCUGCGUGCCUGCCUGUUUCUUUGUGACCACCCUGAGUCAUCCACGGAGAAUUUACAUCAUGCACCAAAGACACACAGCCCAGUAGACAUGCCCUCUUGGGGACCAUGUGAGGUACAC